GUGCUCGAGGAAGGCAUCGUCAUUGACAAAAACCUUCCACCAAAACGCAGUCCCGUGAGGAUAAACGGAUCAUAGCUUUGCGCUGCAGCGUGGCGUCAACGACUCGUUACAAUGUCAGAAGUUCAAGCGAGCACGCUUUUCUCGGCGAAAGGUUUGGUGGCUGUGGUCACGGGUGGGGGCACAGGAAUCGGCUUGAUGAUCGCAACCGCCCUGGAGCAUAAUGGUGCGACAAAAGUCUAUAUCGUCGGCCGUCGCAAGGACGUUUUGGAAAACGCGGCGAAAGUGCACUCCAAACACGGCAAUAUAAUCCCCCUCGUGGGGGAAGUCACUUCGAAAGAAUCGCUGGCGGCUAUCGUCAAGACUAUCGAGAGUGAUGUCGGAUAUGUCAACUUACUAGUCAACAAUGCCGGUAUGUGCGGUAGAAGGCACAACGUCCUUCCCAGGCCACCGCCGCUCGAAAACCUCCCGGAGGCGGAAAAGUAUAAGAGUAUAGAGGAUGUGCAAAAGUUCUUGUGGGAGGAUUCCAUGGAGGAGUGGGAGGAUACCUUUAGGGUUAAUGUCACUGGCGCAUGGUUUACCAGCAUCGCAUUCUUGGGAUUGCUGGACCAAGGCAACAAACUUGGGGCUGUGGAGCAGAGUAGCCAGAUCAUAACCGUAACUUCGAUCGCUAGCUUCCUCAGAAAUAUAAGCUCUUGUUACUCCUAUCACGCCAGUAAAGCCGCGGCGACACACGUUGCUAAAAUGCUCGCGACUCACUUCCCGCAGUAUGGGAUUCGCUCCAACGUGAUCGCCCCAGGGUUAUUCCCCUCAGAAAUUACCGCAGGACAAGGGACUAUGGACUCGGGAAAUAAGAAUAAACUGGGAGAUUACCCGCCCGGGGAAAUCCCGUUGAAGAGGCCGGAGAAUGAUAAUGAUAUGGCUGGCGCGGUACUGUACCUGGCUGGAAGAGCUGGAGCAUACUUGAAUGGGAACGUGGUGGUUGUUGAUGGAGGCAGGACAUCGAUCAUGCCGGCCACAUAUUAGUCUCCGAGAUUGACAGCUGCCAGUGGAUGAAGGUUCCAGAUCCGUAGCUUCGGGCGGGGAGAGGGCUACAAGAUUCAUGGGUUAUCCCGCUACCUCGAGAUUGAAGAAUGAAGGGUUUUAUUGCUCCUUGGAUGGGCUAGUGUUAUCAGCCUGUAUAUGAUAAUUCAUGUGUCUAAAUUAUCCAGAAAAAAGAAACAAUCAACUCGA